AUGAGUUCUGAAGGUGAUGCCAAAACCACAGUGCAAAAUAUUCCUACUGAUGACAAUUUAAUCAUGACUCAAGAACAGUCUGCCAAAAAAGGGUUUUGUUCAGUCCGAUAUGGGCUUGCCUUCAUCCUGAAUAUCUGUAAUUUUUCGAUGUACACCCAACAAUUGAACCUGAGCAUCGCCAUUACAGCCAUGGUGAACCAGACAGCCCUGCAGGGCCAGCCCAAUGCCUCCAUGGACACCCAGGAUGACUGGACUGCAACUCAAGAUGAAGUCCAGGCAAUAGCUCCUACUUAUGACUGGAAUCCUGAAAUCCAGGGCAUCAUCCUCAGCUCCCUCAGUUAUGGCUCAUUUGCCGCUCCAAUUCCUGUUGGCUAUGUGGCUGGAGUCCUUGGAGCCAAGUACGUAGUUGGUACUGGCUUAUUUAUCACUUCAGUCCUGUCACUUUUCAUUCCAUUGUCAGCUGAUGCUGGAGUGGCUGCGCUCAUUGCCCUACGUGUUAUUCAAGGCAUAGCCCAGGAUAUGGUUUUGACAGGUCAGAAUUCCCUUUGGGUCCGAUGGGCUCCCCCACUGGAAAGGAGUCAACUCAUCAACACUGCUGUGUCAGGCGCAAUGCUGGGAUCCUUUAUUGUACUGCUCGUGGGUGGUCUUAUCUGCCAGACCAUAGGAUGGCCUUACAUCUUCUAUAUCUUUGGUGGAAUUGGGUGUGUCUGUUGUCUUCUUUGGUUUCCUCUUGCUUAUAAUGACCCUGAGCAUCACCCUUUUAUCAGUGCUGAUGAGAAGAGAUACAUUGUGUGUUCAUUGGCUCAACAGGAUAACUCACCAGGCUGGUCUCUUCCCAUUAAAUCUAUGAUCAAAUCUCUACCACUUUGGGCCAUCUUAGUGUCUUAUUUCUGUCAGUACUGGACUAUAAAUACGAUAUUGUCAUACACACCAACAUACAUCAGCUCUGUGCUUCAAAUCAAUGUCAGAGAUAGUGGGAUGCUGUCGUCACUGCCAUUCAUUGCUACUGGUAUCAGUAUGUUGCUUGCAGCCUUCUUGGCUGAUUUUCUCUUCUCCAGAAGAAUUCUCAGACUCGUCACCAUCAGGAAACUCGUUACUUGUACAGGGAUUCUCUGCUCCUGUGCAUUCCUCGUGGCUCUGCACUGGGUCAGAUUCAGUCGGAGUGCCACUAUAAUCUUCUUGAUACUGUGUAUUUUCUUCGCUGGCAUCCCUCAAGCAGGAUCCAUUGUGAACAUCAUAGACAUCGCUCCUCGGUACACCAGCUUUAUCAAAGGACUCACUCAGUUGUGUGCAUCGAUAGCUGGAGCCAUUGCUCCUACUGUUGCUGGAAUUUUAAUCAAUCAGGAUUCAGAAUUGGGAUGGAGAAACAUCUUCCUCAUUGCAUCUGCCAUUAACAUAGUUGGCUUGAUCUUCUACCUUAUUUUUGGCCAAGCACAUGAGCAGACCUGGGCUAAAAAGUAA